CCGUGCUUGCUGCCCGCGCCCAGGCUCUCGGAGCGCUGCUGGGCGCGCAGAGCUGCUGCCCUCGGCCCCCCGCACCACCGCUGCACCCCCUCCGCGCAGCGGCCCCGCUGCCCGCGCCCUCUCACCCUUCCCGUUCGCCUCCCCGACUGUCAGGAGCUGGACGCGAGGUCGAGGUUCCUGGCCUCCCUCCGCACCGUCUGCAGACUGCGGCUGGAGGGGAGGUACCUGCCCGACGGCAAGCUGGAAGCGCAGCACGAGGUGCUACUGCGAAAGAACUUCCCCAGCUACCGGUGCCCGGUGAUGUGCCUGGGCAGGCACGCCGUGCUCGCCAUCACUGCAAGGAGCGCUGAGAUCGGAGCCCAGAUCCAACGGCACCUCAGCCCCUGCAUUAGCUACAUCUGCUUUCUCGCCGUGCAGGAGGAGCAGGGCAGCUCUGACUCUUCUCUCUACGAUGAGAUGCUGCAAUCUCUGGACAGCGUGUUGCAAGUGCUGCUGUGUCUUCCGCCGUGCUCCACCACCCUCAACCUGGUGAUCGUCUUGCAGGCCCUGCUGCCCUGCGCCAAAUCUGAGAAGGUGAGAGUGCGCCAGUGUGCCAUGAGGAGGAUUGCCAACCUGAGCAAGGUCCUAGACCAUGCUUCUCUGAUGGUGAGCUCAUCUCGAUUCAGUGAAAGCAGGGGCAGGGUUUGCUCCAUACAAAAGCAGUCUGAGAUGCUGGUGGGGCAGCUGUUGGGGUACCUCAUCCUGUGCUGUGCCGAGGAGGACCAGGACAUCAGGCAUGAUUCUAUGAAGGCUCUGCAUGGCAUCCACGGGAUCCUGGCAAUGCGACAGAGUUACGAGCUUGGACCUUCCAGUCUCAAACUAUAUGCGGAGGGUGAAUACUGGUACCUCUUAUGCGCCCAGUAUGCUGCCCUGAAUACACUGGUAGAGGGCAGCUGGCUCUGCCCCAGCGAGAAGGGACACUUCAUCCUAACCGUCCUGGAGGGCAUGACGCAGCCGAGGGUCUCUGACACCAAGGUGCUUGCCAGGGCGUUGGAUGCAGUCCUGAAAGAUGCGGGCUCUCAGCUCUCGAAUGUGCCACUGAUCGUGCAGAGCAUCUACGACCACCUCGUGUCGGACUGUAAGGAGUCGCUCCGAGACAUCGCGAUCCAGACCCUUCUGCAGAUGACGCGCUUGAACCCGCAGUGUGUGGUCAGCUCCGUGCUGCGUGACAUCCCAUGGUCUUCCGCAAUCAUGUGGCAGACGAUGGUCUCCGAACCCAGCCUUGCAGAGGUUGUGCUGGAGAGCCUGCUGCAGAAAUGGCCAACGGCCAGGCACGAUGGCCUUGGCCCGGGCCACAACUGCACCGGUUACCUGGCUAUAAGCCACGCCCUGCAUGCGAUCCUCCAUCUGCCUUCCAGUGAAGAGUCUGCUUGGCAGCUGAUCCACGAGCUGUACGCAGGGAUGCUCUUCCAGAUCUUCUUCAUGCUGCAGUGCUCACAGCGUGGCUGCUUCAGUCCCAUCAUCGGUCACAUGGAGGACAUGGAGGACAUGUCGCCUGUGAACAACAUCAGGCGUGUGGUGGAGAGCAUGAGAGCUCUUUUGCAACACCUGGGGAGUGACAGUCUGGUGGAGGACAUAGAGCAGCAAGGUGGCUGGGACAUGCUUAUGAGCCUUGAGACCUACCACACAGGUGUGGCUGUGCUGACCAGGUGAGAGCCUCCCCUCUCAUCCCUGUCUCCCCAGCUCUUUUCCCCUGGAGAGGGGCUGCUGUUGCUUGGUGAGAAAGGACUUGCAGGGCCCGUCACCUCCCAGAGCGCCCUUUCCCUGCGCACCACUGACUGCGGCUACUGCUGGGGCUGGCUCUGCAUGCAGUGCCGCGGCCUGUGCCGGAGCUGUGUGGCACAGCAGCCAGAAGGGUGGCCAACGAGCGUGGGAAGAG